AUGGCUUCAAAUGCAAAAUUAACCAAUGACCCAUCGGGUGAGUCUGUUGAUGUUACAUUAUAUAGAAGCAUGAUUGAUUGUCUUUUGUAUUUAACUGCAAGUCGGCCUGAUAUUGCAUUUAGUGUUGGUGUAUGUUCUAGGUUUCAAUCUAAUCCUAAGGUUUCACAUUUGAAUGCUGUUAAAAGAAUCAUAAAAUAUGUUAGUGGAACUUGUAAUUAUGGAUUGUUUUAUAACAAAGGGUCAAAUUUGUCUCUUGCUGGAUUUUCUAAUUCUGAUUGGGCCGACGAUGCCGAUGAUAGAAAAAGCACCACUGGUAGGUGUUUUUAUGUAGGAGCUAAUCUUGUUGCUUGGAUGCGUAAAAAGCAAAAUUCUGUAUCUUUGUCUGCUGUAGAGGCAGAAUAUAUUGCUGCUGGAAGUUGUUGCUCACAGCUUCUUUGGAUGAAAAAGCUCUUGAGUGAUUAUGGGAUAACAGAAGACACCAUGGUUGUUUACUGUGAUAAUUCUAGUGCUAUUGAUAUCUCUAAGAAUCUUGUUCAACACUCUAAGACUAAACACAAAGAGAUUAGAUAUGACUUUAUUAGGGAUCUUGUUGAAAGAAAGAUUGUUGUUCUUUAG